UUAAAUGAUUUUGUCCAACUGUAGGCUAACGUCAGUGUUUUGAGCAUUUUUAAGGUAGGCUUGGCUAAACUGUGAUGUUCGGUAGGUUAGAUGUAUAAAUGCAUUUUCUACUUGACGAUAUUUUCAACUGGCUGGAUCUAGAUGUGAGAGCCCAUCGUAAGCUGAGGAACAUCUGUAGUUGAGAAGACUAAGGUUUCUCAAUGGUAAAGCAACCAGCCCACAGCGCCACCACCAGUAAGUAGCUGGACUAGGCCUAGGGCUUUGCAACACACACAGGACUCACCCUGAAACACUGUAUUCAAGAGCUAUCUCCAGUCAUGAACAAAGAGCGUUUAGAUUUAUUCUGUGUGAUUCCAAGAACCCUAGGAUAUACAGAAAGCGAUUUCAGUUCUGUAUUAUAGGAAACGUUCGAGUUAUUAUGUAAAAGACUACUUAACAGAGAAAAAGAUAAUUUGUCAUAAACAUACAAGUGAUAGAAAGAAACUUCGAAUAUUCUGGUGAGCACGACCUCCAAACAAACUCUAAUUCGCAGCUGACAUCUGCUAAUAACAGAAAAAUCUCGGGUGAUUUUUACGUCAAUUACCAGUGGACUCUAUUCAGAAAUAGGACUCUCUCGGGCCUGAAGUAGUCCUGACCAGUCCUAGAGCUCUGUGGGUGCCUUCCAUACCAGCAGGGCCGGCCAGCAGCCCUCCAGUCCCAGCGAAGAAACCUGAGUGUUACAGCCUCCAGGGCGGCGUGGCUUCCAUCACUGAAACUCCUAGCAAUUCUCAGCGGUCUUCAGGAGGAAAAAACUACAACUCCCAUCAGACAACGCGAGCUGAGGUGGGUGGGCAUUUGGUGCGCGUGGGCGGCUCCGACCAAUAACGACUGUCGUUACAGCGAACAGUUUGGUCGCGUUUGUAAAAGGCCGCGGCAGGCGAAGAGAGAAGCGGUGACGGCGGUCGUCAGCGAAGGACCCUGGGGCCCGCUGGGGGGCGCCGGGCAGUUAUAGACUACCAGGAUCUCCACUUAGGGCAGUGGGCAUCUUCUCUGACAGUGGAACAUUGGGCUGGAGCUUUGCCAUUGGCUGGUCGAGAAGGAGGAAGCAGAAUGUCUGCAUUGUUACACCACAGAGUACAAACUUCAGAAGACUUUGGGUUAAGCAAUAUCUCUUACUCUGCAAAUGAUUAUGUCUUCACCUGUCCUCUUUGAUCAUCACAAAGUAAUGAAAGACCUUUUAGGUCUUAUGAAUUCAGGUUACACUGUUUUCCAGAUGCUCUGGCAGCUGGUACAGGGCUUGUGAAAAAUGGAACCAAACUCUCUGAGGACUAAAGUCCCAGCUUUCUUAUCUGACUUGGGGAAGGCCACAUUGAGGGGAAUCAGAAAAUGUCCCCGAUGUGGCACAUACAAUGGGACCCGGGGACUGAGCUGUAAGAACAAGACAUGUGGAACCAUAUUCCGCUACGGUGCACGGAAGCAGCCUAGCAUUGAAGCUGUCAAAAUCAUCACAGGCUCUGAUCUGCAGGUCUACUCAGUGAGGCAAAGAGACCGGGGCCCUGAUUACCGAUGCUUUGUGGAGCUAGGUGUUUCAGAGACAACAAUCCAGACGGUGGAUGGGACGAUUAUCACUCAGCUGAGCUCUGGACGGUGUUAUGUCCCCUCAUGUCUGAAAGCUGCUACCCAAGGCGUUGUGGAAAACCAAUGCCAGCACAUCAAGUUGGCGGUGAACUGCCAGGCAGAGGCCACUCCCCUAACCCUGAAGAGCUCAGUCCUGAACGCAAUGCAGGCCUCCCCAGAAACCAAACAAACUAUCUGGCAGUUGGCCACGGAACCCACGGGUCCCCUGGUACAAAGGAUUACUAAAAACAUAUUGGUGGUGAAAUGCAAGACAAGCCAGAAGCAUAGCUUGGGGUAUUUGCAUACAUCAUUUGUGCAGAAAAUCAGUGCCAAAAGCUUGCCUGAGCGCCGCUUCUUCUGCUCCUGCCAGACUCUGAAAUCACACAAGUCGAGUGUCUCUAAGGACGAGGCAGCCCAGAGAUGCAUUCAUUUCUUUGCUUGCAUCUGUGCCUUUGCCAGUGACGAGACAUUGGCUCAGGAAUUCUCAGACUUCUUAAAUUUUGAUUCCAGCGGACUUAAAGAGAUUAUUGUGCCCCAGAUAGGCUGCCAUUCAGAAACAUCAGUAUCAGCUUGUGAGUCUGCUGCCUCUAAGCCAAAGAAGAGGAAAAAGGAUGAAGUAUCUGGUGCACAGAUGAACAGUUCACUAUUGCCUCAAGAUGCAGUGAACAGUAAUCUAAGAAAAAGUGGCCUGAAAAAGCCUGUGGUUGCUUCUUCAUUAAAAAGGCAAGCUUGUGGUCAGCUUUUAGAUGAGGCACAAGUGACCUUAUCCUUCCAAGACUGGCUGGCCAGUGUCACAGAACGCAUUCAUCAAACCAUGCACUAUCAGUUUGAUGGCAAACCAGAGCCACUGGUGUUCCACAUUCCUCAGUCCUUUUUUGAUGCACUGCAACAGAGAAUAUCCAUAGGAAGUGCAAAAAAACGGCUCCCCAAUUCUACCACAGCUUUUGUUCGGAAAGAUGCCUUGCCACUGGGAACCUUUUCCAAGUAUACCUGGCAUAUCACUAAUAUUCUGCAAGUUAAACAAAUCUUAGAUACUCCAGAGAUGCCCUUGGAAAUCACUCGUAGCUUUAUCCAGAACCGUGAUGGGACUUACGAGCUGUUUAAAUGCCCUAAAGUGGAAGUAGAGAGCAUAGCAGAAACCUACGGUCGCAUAGAAAAGCAACCAGUGCUACGACCCUUGGAACUAAAAACUUUUCUCAAAGUUGGCAACACUUCCCCAGAUCAAAAGGAGCCAACACCUUUUAUCAUCGAGUGGAUCCCAGAUAUCCUUCCCCAGUCCAAGAUUGGUGAGCUGCGGAUCAAAUUUGAGUAUGGUCACCACCGGAAUGGGCAUGUGGCAGAGUACCAAGACCAGCGGCCCCCCCUGGACCAGCCCUUGGAACUGGCCCCUCUGACCACUAUUACCUUCCCUUGAGGCAAAACAAGAGAGUCUUUUGCUGCUAAAUUUGCACAUCCCCACUCCUUGACAACUUUAAAUACUAGUUAGGCACUUAUAUCAUCACACUGUUCCUUAGUGAACUGCUCUUAGAUUAGAUGUGAUUUAUCAAUGCUAUUCAGUGGAUUCUGUUGAAAAAAAAAAUUCUUGUAAAUGGCCUUUUUGAUGCUGCUGUGUACAGUCUUCAUUAUAAAUGGGCAGUAUUUCUGGCUAGUUUUAAAAGGAACACAGAGAAAACCAGCUCACUUUCCAUCUUAUGGACUGACCUUUAGAAUUUGUUUCAACCUUUUUCUGAUUUUCUAAGAAGUUAGCAGCACUCAGCUUUAUACCAACAGUGUUGGAAAGUUAAUAAUACCCUGGUUAGGGCAGAAUGUUAAGGACCAUCCUGGCAGAGUGUUAAGGACCAUCCUGGCAGAGUUCCAACCGUGCUUUUUAUUCUGUUCUCAAAGAAAGCACAGUGCCACUAGUUUUUUCCAAAUUAUAUCAUGUUGGCCUGAUUAUAAAAUUAUAAGUGGGGGGGGUGGAUUUAGCUGAUAAUGAAAUAGGAAAAAGAGGGCCAGGUAGCAAGGGAAUAUUGACAUUUCAAACUAAUGCUUGUGAUUGCUUAUUCACUUGAUAUUUAUUUCCUUCUUUAUUCUCCAAAAAGCUAAACAGCUUGUAAAAUUCAAUUGCUGUUUCCGAGUUCAUUGAUCACAGAAUGGGGAUACUUUCCACUUUGUCGUGUUGAUUUGAUAUAAAUUUCUUAUACCUCGUUGUCCUGGGGAAGACAGAAAAAAUCCUUAUUGAAGUA